UUGUUUAGAUCAACAUUUUCAAUCACAAAUGAAUUCAUCUUAAAAUUUAAUGAAACGCAGGAUCCAGUAGAGAAGGAGGAAUUGUUGGAGAUAGCUAGAAAAAGCAUUACCAAAUGUAAGAGAAAACUGGGUCUUAAAACCCUGGGCUCUGGAAAGCAUGUUGAUCUUCCAGCUGCAUGGACUGAAGUAGUGUUUCUGGCUCAAUGCAAAGGAGAAAUCCAAGAUGAAGCUUUGAAUAUGCUCUAUGUUUCCCUGGACCAUAUUUCCUUUGAUUAUGAUCAUCUGCCUGCCUUAUUUUUUGUUGCGGAGUCCAUUUUGUACAGGCUCUGUUGUGAUGCACUUCUGAGGACAUAUUUAUAUUCAAUUGAAAUGAAGCUGGCAAAGAUUGGCUAUUUGAUCUUCUUGCGACUUUUUAUAUAUUUCCUGCAUGGUCACCUAGAAAGUUUUCCCCAUUUACUUCGGCUUCAACCGUUUUUAUAUGCACUUUGUUUCUCUGGAGAAUCAUACAAUCAAUAUCCAAACAUCCUUUUACAAGUGCAAUUUAUCCUGAAAAUCUCAGAAAUUAUAUGUAAAAGAGAACACCUUUAUGGAUCAGUUUUUAGGCCCUAUGGGAAACCAGGAGGCCUCUGGGAACAUUUGCCAUUGGAUCAGAGAGGGUAUGAAGUUAACCACCUGCUCUGGCACAGUGUUGCUGCAUGGUCUUGUGUUCAGCGGGACAACCCUCAGCUGGAUGACGUGCUCCAGCAUCUCCUGUCCCAGAAAACUCAGCUUCAAAAGAAAUGCUGGUUGGAUUCAGCACUGGCUUUGUUGGUCCUUGGGGAGGCUGCCAAAUUAAACCUGGCCUGCUUGAGGACCUUGAUGGACCUACUUAGGGAUUUUAUUUCAAGCAUUCUCUCCAUUCAGAAUCAGCAAGAAAGCAACAAUGUAAAUGAUUUUUCCUCAGCUUGGAAUAUAGUCACCAUAUAUACAACAAUUCUUUCAGAAAUCUGCUUGUAUGCAUCCACUUCUGAUUUGCGAAAAACGGCUCUGAUUGGUUUUUGUGACUGUAAAAAUUCUAGAAAAAGUAUUUUACUCAUGGACAAACCAGAAGAAGAGCCAGAAUUAAGAGGAACAAGUGUUUUAAGUCUUUUGGAAUAUUUUUCUUCCAAAAUAUCAGAUAAUUGUAAGUAAAUUGUUUUUUACUUGAUGAGUCAUACUU